CAACAUCUCUAACCUCGAAGAUUAAAUAGUGGCAGAUCAACAUUUCACGCCGGUUGGAUUAUUAUUGCGUAAUGAUUAUCAAUUUUUAUUUGAUAAUAGCGGUUUUGAAGUGAUAAAAAUUAAAAUUGAGCGAUUGAAAGCAGAAAUUACGUGGAAAUUAGUGAGUGACAUUCUUCUUGGAGAGUAAUACGAUCAUUUGUUUUGUAGUGGGUUCAGAGAGUCAAUGACAGAUUCGAGGACGAUGGAUUGAAAAAUCUGGAGUGAAAUAAAAAUUAAUAUUUUAGUAUAUUAGGAUAACAUUAAGAUGAGUGUUACGGUUAUCAAAAGAUAUUUCACGUACAGUUUGGGGACCUUGACCCGGCAUUGUUCCACACAAACGAUAAAACCUAUUCCGGAAGUGCCAAAGUCUAAAGGAACUACAGUCGACUCGAACGAUGUGAAACAGCACGGAGAAUUGCGUGAGAAAUGGUGGGACCUGGAUGGCCCAAUGCGAGCCCUGCAUUCCCUUAAUCCUCUACGGGUUCAAUUGGUUAGAGAUGGCUUGGUGAAUGUAGGAUGGAGAGAAGUAAACCCCGGCCAUCCGCUGGAAGGAGUGAAGAUCUUAGAUGUUGGUUGUGGUGGUGGAAUCCUGUCCGAACCUUUGGCGAGAAUUGGAGCGUCUGUAACGGGGCUGGACAUGUCAAAGACAUUAAUCGAACUCGCCAAAACACAUGCCACCCUUGAUCCAAGUCUCUCAGGACGACUGACUUACUUGAAUACCUCUAUCGAGGAUUAUAUUCGCACUAAUGCUGGCAUGUACGAUGCAGUUGUGGCAUCAGAAAUUUUGGAACAUGUUUCGGAUCAGGAGCUCUUUCUACAGUGCUGCGCCGAGUCUGUGAAGCCUGGGGGUUCCAUAUUCAUUACCACAAUGAAUAAAACAAUCCCCUCGUAUCUGGGUGGAAUAGUAGCUGCUGAGUACAUUCUGAAACUCCUCCCGGUGGGAACUCACGAUUGGAAAAAAUUCAUUUCCCCUGAAGAAGUUCAACGCAUCCUUGAGAAAUCGGGAUGCAGAACGAAACUAAUUCAUGGUGAAUUGUACAAUCCAAUCAACAAUCAAUGGACGUGGAUUUCUUCGACGGCAAUCAAUUAUGCACUUCAUGCAAUUAAAACUGAGGAAAUUAAAAAGUAAUAUUAGUUGAUUCCGUUUGUUCUAAAAAAAUUAUGAAUUGAAAAAAAAGAAUCUUUUUUUUUUACUCAACAAA